GUGGAGAGUGGGGUGCAGUGAAUAGCCCUCGACCGUUGGUGAACGAUUCUACGACCAGCCCGCAACUUCUUAGUAGUCGAUUGACCGGGUCCGCGCCAACAAGUUCUCUCACUGCGCGAUCGUACCACUCGUGAAUAAUUCAACGGAUCAACCGAAAUGUCUCCCCACUGGCGCGUGAUCUCCACGAUGACCGUGAUCGCUGUUAUGUCAUCUGUCCAAGUUCACAGCCAUCCACUGGGCACGAAGACCUUCGCCACGCAAAACAGUGACGAUUCGGAAUUUCGGGACAAGGCGUACGACGAGGACUUCAAGAAGGUGACCUGGGUCGGAGAUGUUCCAGUCCCUGCGCUACAAAAGUACGGCAACCCAAAGAGCGAGGACAACGCCCACAAGGAGGUGGACAACUUUCCGUCCAACAUUUACAGCAAGUACGACAACACCCAGAAGAAGGCGAAAGAUAUCUUCGACACUAAACCCCUGCUCGACACCAUCCGCGAAUCGGACAAGUACGGAAAUGAGGGUGACCAUUUCUACUUCAUCACGAAACCCUUGGUCCAGAUAACGGAGAAGGUGUCCAACUCGAUCAACAAGGUGCUGGCGGCUCCUCGUAAUCUAUUCCGGAGUGCAACCAAAUCCGUUUCUGACAAGCUGAACAACGUCGGUGCUGGGCUGGUUGGACUGCGAAAAUAAACCCGGUGACCUGGAGCGUAUUGUAGUGUAGAUGUAACAUUUUUAGACUGAACUGUUAGGAUAACAUUUUUGUAAAUAAAAUAGAGUUGAUUUUUCACAACUGAAGCUCGGUGGCUCUCCGAAAA